AUGUCGAAGCGUGGCGAUCUCGGCCGCGUCGUCGUCAUCGGCGGCAACGGCUUCCUUGGCCACCACAUCGUCAACAUCGCCCUCUCCCAAUGGACAAACCAAUCUGUCUCGUCCAUCGACCUCAGGUGCCAGCACAACCGCAACUCCUCCGCCUCCUACUACGAAUGUGACAUUACCAACAGCGAGCGCCUACUCUCCCUCCUCAAGGACCUCAAGCCCGAUGUGGUUAUCCACACCGCCAGCCCAACCCUUAGCAGCGAGACUAAAGUUGUCAAAGAGCUCUUCAAAAAGGUCAACGUCGACGGGACGCAAUCUGUCGUCGAGGCCUGCCAAAAGGCCGGCGUCAAGGCCCUAGUUUACACUUGUUCCGCAAGCGUCAUUAGCGAUGCCCAAACCGACCUCAGAAACGCUGACGAGCGGUGGCCCGUGAUCCGCGGCGACCAGCAGACUGAGUACUACGCCGAGACCAAGGCGGCGGCCGAACAACUUGUCCUCGCGGCCAACCGCUCCCCGCCGUCGAAGCUCCUCACCACAUCCCUCCGCCCAGCGGGCAUAUUCGGCGAGGGCGACGUCCAGGCCCUGCACGGCUUCGUAAAAGCCUACCAGACCAACAAGUCGCACAUCCAGCUCGGCGACAACACCAACAUCUUCGACUUCACCUACGUCGGCAACGUCGCGCACGCACACCUCCUCGCCGCGCACGCGCUCCUCGUCACCGCCUCAUCAGCCACCCAGCCCCUGGACCACGAAAAGGUUGACGGCGAGGUCUUCUUGAUCACCAAUGACUCGCCCUGCUACUUCUGGGACUUUGCGCGCGCCGUAUGGCGGGCCUGUGGCAACGAAACCGGCACCAGCGGCGUGUGGACGUUCGGAAGAAGCACCAGCCUGACGCUAGGCCUGCUGAGCGAGAUCUUUUUCAGCAUAAUUGGGAAACCAGCCACGUUUACAAGGACGCGGGCUAACAUGGCGACCAUGACACGAUACUACAAUAUUACAAAGGCGAAGAGUGUGUUGGGGUAUGAGCCGUUGUGGACGCUGCAGGAGGGUGUGGCGAAGGGCGUGGCUUGGUUUUUGAAGCAGGGCGAGAACAAGGCCUAG